AUGAGAUCGUUCCAGUGGAAUGAACACAGACGAUUGUGUAGUGAGCAUUUUGUUGGCUUCAGAGGACCUUCAUUCCAGCAUACACUUCCAUCUAUGUUUCCAACUGAGACUGGUGCUACCAAAACCUUCCAGCCAACGCUCCUUGAUGAAGACGUAGGUGAUGAUGAUGAUGGUGAUACGGUCAAUGACGAUUUAGACCUAGAACUGUCAAAUGAUGAUAGUAUACAGCCACAACUGUCAUUUGUAUCCCCUUCCGGGCAUGCCAUUGAUACCUCUGUCCACCUGCAUGAUUACUGCAUGGGACCAGUACUACAGCCACAGAAUCAGUCCUUUAGAUGUUGUGACACACAGACUGAGAACAACUGUGCAGUGAUGGAAGUACAAACUGAAGAAAGUUUCCUGGGAAAAACAGCAGACUUCAGUUCACAAACAGAACAUUCUACUAGAGACUUUGGUGUACAAUGUCAGCUACCUAUGCUCACAUAUGAUGACGUAAAAUACAAUGACGAUUUGGUCAGUUUUUACACCGGAAUCCCUAAUCGAGUUGUGUUUGAAGCUUUGUUUGAUGAAAUCAAGGAUGAAGCUGAAGUGCGGACAUCAAGGCGGAAACUUAACUAUAAAGAUUCAGAUGGAGGACGGCCAAGAACUCUAAGUGUUCUGGAUGAAUUUUUCAUGGUGCUGAUGCGCCUACGUCUAGGUCUGUUAUUUGAAGAUCUAGGUACUAGGUUUUGCAUAUCCACUUCACAAUGUAGUGACAUUGUUGAAAGAUGGAUCAACUAUUUACAUGUACAAUUAUCCUUUCUUGUUCAAUGGCCAUCUCGUGAGGUAGUGAAAAAUAACAUGCCUGAACAAUUUAAAGAGAAAUAUUCUAACACUAGAAUUAUUAUCGACUGCACUGAAAUUUACAGUGAAACAUCCAGUUCUCUUUCUUUGAAAAGUUUAAUGUACAGUGAUUACAAGUCUCACAUGACUCAUAAGAUUUUGGUGGGUAUAAGCCCAAAUGGUGUUGUAACUUUUGUUUCUGACUGUUGGGUGGGCUGUACCAGUGACAAGAAACUCACAGAAAAAUGUGGACUCUUGGACUUGCUUGAAGAAGGAGACGCCAUAAUGGUUGAUAAGGGUUUCACUAUUACAGACCUUACUACUCCAAGAGGCAUUCAUCUCAUUAUUCCACCAUUUAAACAGAAAGGAAAACAAUUCUCUAAACGUGAGGUUCUCCUUACAAAAGAUAUUGCAAGUUUACGAAUACAUGUUGAAAGGCAAAUGGAGAGAAUCAAGAACUUUCGAAUAUUGCAUGGCAAUAUUCCUAUAACACAGUCAAGGAGAAUUUCUAAAGUGUUCAAAAUAUGCACAUAUUUGACAAAUCUAUGGCCACCACUUGUUCAAUAAUAACUCAUGUGUCAAUGAAAGCGUUUGUAUAUAUCAAGCAUUAGAUUUAGGGAUAAAAACUUGUAUACUUCUAACUAGAACAAUGAAAUUACAAUUUUGUUUUAAAAUCAUUUUUUCGAGCAAGUUAUAUGAUAACAUAUGAGAUUACACAUUUGAUUCAGGUUUGACAAAAAUGGAUAAGGAAAUAUGCUCAUGUGAAUGGAUUUCAAGAUUUGAUUUGAAACAUGUAUGCAUUAACUGAUCAAUUUAUUGAUAUAAUUUUUUGUUUGUGA